ACGGCGUUCACUAGAAUCAGAGAAGACUAAAAACAUAAACACAGAAGGUAGCAGAGUAGUAGAUGAAAGCAGGAGUUAGAGGAGCUAAACAAAUCCGAUAGAAAAGAUAGAUUAAUCUCAAACGAUGUAUCUUCCUACUUCAUCAAAUCCCAUCUCUUCAUCCUCUUUGACACCAAAGAGGAUGAUGCUACAGAGAUGCGACUGUGGGUUCAAGCUAAGGAGGCUUAAUGAUACUGUUGAAGAAGGUAACGCGAUGGAGAUCCAGUCUAACACUACUCGUCAUGAGGAGAAUAAUCUCGUUUCCGGACCAGAAGCAGAUUUGGGGACUCACACAGCAGAGCCCACUGCUACUGAAGAGGAGACUCAAAGACUCUCAGCCAAAUCACAGUUGUAUCAGCUAUGUUCUGCGAGGCAUUGGAAAACACCAAUAUAUGAGAGUUUCGCCGAGGGACCUUGCCAUAGGAUAUCAUUUACAGUCAAAGCUACGAUUGAAGUUAAGGAAAAGGAUUCUCGGAUAACGGUUUUGGAAUGUUUUGGGGAUCCACAUCACAAGAAGAAACUUGCAGCUGAGCAGGCAGCGGAAGCAGCGCUUUGGUAUCUUAAGAACAUGGGUCAUACUCUUCAGACGGAGAAAGCUUCUCGUCGUCAAGGGCGUACGAAGCCGAUAUAAAAGAUGAUGGUGACAGGUGAUCCCGCACAAUGAGCUUUGUCCAGUUAGAGGUGAUCAAAUAGUCUAGUUUUUGUUUUUAUUUAUUGACUUUGACAUUUUAUUAGGCUUUUUAUAAGCUCUAACUAGGGAGCGCAAAAGGGUAACCUCUAUCACAAAAUGUAUUUAUCUACUAGAACUAGACUAUGCUGUUGUGUGUCUGUAGUAUCAGUUGUAAGUAAACAGGAAAGUGUGGUUAUCACCUGUGGAUACAAAUGGAAUGAUAUCGGCAGAGAUAUAUGCAGCACAUAAUUUGGGACUCAAA